UUUAUAAAUACAUCUCGGAUGUAUCUCAAUUGAGAGUGCUUCAUACUGUAGGAAGAUAGUACCUCUUAUAGACAACUACGUUCAUGGUUUUCACCAAGAUAUCCUUAGCAGAAUUACCCAGCCGCAGGCUAAUAUAACUGGUUUCGUUGAUUUCUAUAUCCAAGGAACUAAAAAUGGACUCGUCUGGAUUAUUUCGGGUGGAUGGCAUGGUGGCUGUCAUCACCGGUGGUGGAAGUGGUAUUGGACAUGUUAUGGCCAGGGCGUUCGCAGGGGCUGGAGCGAAGAAAGUCUACAUUCUAGGACGACGACGGGAGACCCUCGAAACAGCCGCCACUGCACAUCCCAGUAUUAUUCCUGUACAAUGUGAUAUUUCGACCAAGGAUUCCCUCCAAUCCGCAGUCGACUUCAUAACAAAAGACAUCGGCUAUGUGAACCUAUUUAUCGCCAACUCCGGUGCUCUCGGUCCACGGGCAUCCUGGACCAAGGGAGCAUCCAUCUCAGAGCUUCGGAAGAAUCUAUUUGAAGAAACUUCCAUGGAGGAGUUCAACAACACCUUCCACGUAAACGUGACUGGUACCAUGUUCUCCAUAUUUGCAUUUCUCGAGCUCUUAGAUGCGGGUAACAAACGGGCCUUGAAAGGGGGAUUCGGAGCUCCGAUAAAGGAAAGUAGUGAUGUUCCUUCAAUCCAGAGCCAGGUUAUCAUCACCAGUAGUAUCUCGGGAUUCAGUCGAUCAUUCAUGUCUCCGCCUGCUUAUGCGGGAAGCAAGUCAGCGCUUGUCCAUCUCACCAAGCACGCAAGUACAGGUCUCAACGCGCACGGUAUUAGAGUCAAUGCACUUGCCCCAGGGCUGUUCCCUUCUGAGCUAGCAGCGAAUUUGAUUGGAUCACGCGAUCCAGCUACAGAGUCGGUCGACGACCCUAAAUUUAUUCCGGCUAGAAAAUUCGGAAGUGAUGAUGAAAUGGCUGGCGCUGUCCUCUAUCUGGCCAGCAAGGCAGGUUCUUUCUGUAAUGGAUUCAUCCUCGUUAAUGAUGGCGGAAAGCUAUCGACCAUGCCGGCCGAUUAUUGAAACCUGUAACGAAGUAUUGCCGCGGCUCGCGUUUGUUCAUCUGAUUUUUCAAGGCCUGACUUCGACCAAGAGAACCCGACAGCUCAUAGAUGAGUUCCACGGAGUAGGCAAGUGUCGGCUUGUAUUACUGUCUGGAGCUUAGACAGAGGGAACCGUUCACAAAGCUGGGGAAGCUGUACAUAGUUUCUUCUGGUGGAUAGUG